AUGUCUAGUCGUAUUAAUGGUUCAACCGGCCCACAAGAUGAUGGUUUAGGUGAUGUUGUUCGUGCUUUGAAUGUUGUUGCUCAAGCGAUGCAACAACAAGUGAAUCUUAAUCAGAACGCACCUCCUCCUCCUCCUCCUCCUCCACCUAAUCAAAGGGCUUUGUUAGUUAGAAGGUUUAUUGAACAAAGGCAUGAUUCCUUUAAGGAUAGUCCUGAUCCACUAGUUGUUGAAGAUUGGAUAGAUAAGAUUGAGAAAAUAUUCACCUUAUUAAACGUGAAUGAUGAGGAUAAGCUGAAUCUUGCAGUUUAUAAGCUUGAGAAUGAAGCCACUCGUUGGUGGGAUAUGACUCUUCGUUCUAGAAAUGAUGGCUUGUUUAACUGGGUAGAAUUUCAACUCGCUUUCCUAAAUAAGUACUUUCCACAAACUACAGGAAACCAACGCAUGAUCGAGUUUAUGCUGUUGACCCAGAGAAAUAUGACGGUAGAGCAGUAUCAAGCCAAGUUAGAAGAACUUUCUCGUUUUGCUCCCCACUUGGUUGAAAAUGAAGAGCUGAAGACUUUUAAGUUUCAGGAGGGACUUAACCCUUCAAUUAAGAGUAGGUUGUCUGUUUUGAAGAGUACAUCCUAUACUGAGAUAGUGGAGAGAGCGAUGAUCGCGGAGAGAGAACUCGAGGAAACUGCGAGAAUCCUUGAGCGCCAUGCUGGCGAUAGGAAUGGGAACGAUGAGAAUAAAAAUCACCGCUACAAAAGUAAAGAGAACAUAAACUAUGCACAAAGGCACCUCCAACAUGUUGUGUGUUUUGAGUGCAAGCAACCCGGUCACUAUAAGAGGAAAUGCCCCCAACUUGGUGCUCAGCGGGAUCAACAGCCUUCUGUGGCGCAACGUCAGAACCGAGAUAACCUCUAA